ACUUUGACCAGACAGAUUCACAGCAAGGCCAAGCUAUAGGCCUACCGCAUGUCUAUUACUAUAUCAUUUAUCAUUGACUUUCAGGAAUUUGUAUGAGUUUCAAAGGAAAUGUAUGAAUAAACAAUCUUAAAAACUACAGUUGGUUCUUAGUGAAAGCAUGCCUCCUGGCAGAAAUGUUGCUCUUGGUGAAAUGACAUGAAACAAAGCAAUGAGUGUAGGGGUUGAAUGCAUAAAUACUUUCCAUGUUCUCACACACUCACAUUCUGAAUUGAAAUAUCACUCACCACUUUUCGCUCUGUUCCUGUUACAUUUGUGUUAGUGGGUCGGAGUGCGGAUCCUAUGCAUUUGUGUGCAUUGACGACCAAGAAUGUAUACAAGGAGUGGGCUCUGAAUUCUUGCUUAAUCUACAGACAAAGGGAGUACAGGUAUUUGGGCCUCGUCUUUGACUCCAAUGCCAAGCGUUUUAUAGACCGUACCUUUAAAUAAAUGGAGUGUGACGUUGUGAACUGGCAGAGCGGUGGAUAUCUCAGCACAGCUAACAGUACAAGCUACAAUCCAGUGGGUCUCGGACAUACAGUACUGUAGUGUAGUGAGAAUGGCGCCAUCUCCUCCUUGCAGCAAUGUGCUAGUAUGUAGAACAUGUCCUGUAUUUGUAUUAUGCAAAUAACGUGCUUAGAGCUGAUUAGACAAAUCUACUCUAUCUUUUUUAGGUGUUGAUCGUGUUCCCCACUCUUUUGCCCCUAGUUUCAACCGAUCUCCCUAGCACAGGAUGAAGGGUCGGACCGACGCUCCGCGCGAUAGGGGCUGGUUGGUGGGGAUUAUCUUCUUCAUCCUGGGCCUCGGGACGCUACUACCAUGGAACUUCUUCAUGACCGCCUCCAUGUAUUUCAACAGCCGCCUUAACAAGACUGAAUGGAGCAACGGCACGAUGGUCUCCCACAAAGAGUACUACUUCAACAACUGGAUGACUCUGCUGUCCCAGCUCCCCCUGCUGCUCUGCACUCUGCUCAACUCCUUCUUCUAUCAGCGGAUAUCGGAGAUGGUGCGGAUAGCGGGCAGCCUGGUCUUCAUCUUCAUCCUCUUCAUCCUCACUGCCAUCCUGGUCAAGAUCCCCAUGGAGGAGGACCGCUUCUUCUCUGUUACCAUGGCUACCAUCUGGUUCAUCAACUCGUUUGGAGCGGUGUUACAGGGCAGUCUGUUUGGCCUGGUGGGCUUGCUGCCUCAGAGGUACAGCGCUGUGUUUAUGAGUGGCCAGGGGCUGGCCGGCACCUUCGCCGCUCUCGCCAUGCUGGUYUCCAUAGCCAGUGAUACGGACUCUGAGACGGCUGCGUUGGGUUACUUCAUCACGCCGUGUGUAGGAACCCUGAUCACUUUGCUUAGCUACCUCCUACUGCCUCGCCUGGAGUUUGCCCAGUUUUACUUGGACAAGAGAAGGAGUUAUGAGGUGGAGACCGCAGAUGAGCUGCUGAAAGUGACAGAGAGUGGCACGGCGGUGAACGGCAAGCUGUAUGGCUCAUUGGCCAAUGGAGGUGCCAGUGGCAAGAAGGUGGAGGAAGAGGGGGCUGGGGUCAGUCCCAAGCACGCCUUCUUAACCCUUGAGCAGGCUGAGGUCAGGGACAGGAAGUCCACUGUCAUGGAGGUGUUUAAAAAGAUAUGGGUGAUGGCUUUCUGUGUGGUUUUUGUCUUUACUGUCACUCUCGCUGUGUUCCCUGCCAUCACUGUGGAUGUCAAGACCAUAUAUCCUGGGAAAUGGGAACCUUAUUUCAUCUCUGUGUGCUGCUUCCUCAUUUUCAACGUGUGUGAUUGGAUCGGCAGAACCGUCACCACCCUGGUCCAGUGGCCCCCCAAGGAGAGUCGUCUGUUCCCGGGGCUGGUCGUCUCCAGGGUGGUGUUUGUUCCUCUGCUGAUGUUCUGUAACGUCCAGAGCCGUUCCUACUUCCCCGUCCUCUUCUCCCACGACGCUGCCUUCGCCUUCAUCAUGAUGCUGUUCUCCCUCUCCAACGGCUACUGCGUCUGCCUCUCCAUGUCCUACGCCCCACAGUUGGUGGCUCCUAAAGAUGCAGAGACAGCCGGGGCCCUGAUGACUUUCUUCCUGGCCCUGGGCCUCUCCAUCGGGGCCGCCCUGUCCUUCCUGCUGCGACUACUGGUCUAGACACACACACACACCAGAGGACCACCACCAUCAGUCACCGCCAUCCGUUGUCAAGUGACAACAGCCACCUCCAUCCGUAAAGUGACGGGACACGCCAUGACAUCAUCCACUUCCAUCGUCAUACUUAGAAGGACCCAGGCUGGGAAUAGAGCUGCCUGCAUCAAAAUUAUAUUAGUACUGACCACAAUAGAUAUUAUACCAGGGAUUGAAUAUCAUCUCACCAGCUGCCUGACAUGCACAACACGUAUUGAAAUAACUGAGAUACGAAGGGUAUGACGCUACAUUAAUGCUAGCUUGCUACUUUACAACUGGUUUACUGUGGUUAGUAGUAAAAGACUCUGGUUGCCUCUCAUCGGACAACAAUGAAUGGACACAGUCGGUGCCAAACAGUUUUAAACUUGGGUCCUCAUUUUUGAGUUGGACCAUUUUAUGGAGUUUUUUUUGUAUAAUGUGUGUGUUCUUGUUGUUUUCUUAAGGCACUAACCUUAGUCAAGAACUGUAGCUAGAGGAGUUUAUGGAGAACUAAUGGAUUGUUCCACAAAGUAGAUCAUGUUCUCAUGGAAGUCUUAUUUUCAUAACGACAUCAGAUUAAAUCAGGAUUACUAGCUCUGAUGAGUAAGUACUUAUAUUUUUCAACAAAGCCUUUGAUUUGAUUGAACAUUUUUGAUUUAUUUUGGAUAUCAUGACGAUAUGAAAUAGAACAUUAUUUUUGCACGGAAUACCCAAUGAAAUUAUUUCCCUUAGUUUGCGUUUGGUUACAGAUAGGUUUCUUCAUUAUGUUAUUUGCACAUCAGUACAAAGGCACUACUUUACACAGACAACAUGGACAUUGGUCUGUGGACAUCAGCACACUCAUGUCAUUCUAGCCCAUUGGAGUGGAGAGGACCACUUGGGGUGUGUUCAAUAGAGUGAAAUGUAGUUCAUAGAAAAUACUCUAUUCGCUUCCUGUUUAUGUCAGGAUAGUGGCCCAGUAGGACUGGUUUUAGAAACAGGAUAUGAUGCAGUGUAAUGAUAGGAACAGAAGGCAGGCAGGUUAUGGGAACCAGACCACAUUCCACUCCUCCUUCCCACUGUUCUCCUGAGGGUAGCGUUCAGUCUGACCAUAACAGGGUUUCCCAAACCCGGUCAUCAGGACCCCAAGGGGUGCACGUUUUGGUUUUUGUCCCAGCACUA